AACUCAUACAAAUCACAGGGAGUACAAGUCGAACGGCUAGAUUAACACUCAUUGGACACUAAAAAAUAUCUGGGGCGUUACCGAAAGAACAAGAUUCGAUCGUAAAGCAAUCAAUCAGUUUAUACUAGCUCACGAAAAAAUUGGAUAUUGAAAUGUCAUAAAUUCGAAGCUAUCGGCACGUUUGGUUAAGUCCUCGAGGCUUCUAAUGUGGUUAAAACGUGAUUUGUUUCAAUUAUAAUAUCAACAACAAAUGGACUUCUGUUGUCUUCCCGCUGGAGUUACCCAGUUUUCUUUAGGUGAACGCUGUAGCCUAGUUUGUAGAAUCAUGAAAUUGUUUAUGUAUUUUACUGGUCAAUUUCCAGAUUUAUCACUUCUAAAUCCUCUUCAAAAUGAAUUUGACACGGGAUUGAAAUUGGAUAAUUUACAGCCAAAGGAAGUAAAACUUUUACAAUCAAUUCAAGAAGUUGAAUCUAAUCUAUUGUUGUCUAAAUCAGAAUCUAUUUUCUACUUUCUUAUUAUGAUUGGUGGUCUACCGAAUAAUCCGAAACGAGCAUUUCUCAUAGAUCUCAAUGAUUUCUACCCUAAAACUAAAAAUAACAAUCAGAUAGAUAAUGUUUCUUUUAGAGAAUUUUUUGAAUCCCUUAUACAAGUCCCAUUUUUUGACAAUGUUUUUAAAUCUUUUCCUCCUACACGUACUUACAUAUAUAUAUGUACAUCAAAAGAUUUUUCAUCAUCAUGGUUUUUACCUCGAUUACAAUUCCGUUUACCUCGAACUUGUCCUGUUCAUGUAUUGAAAAUUGUUCCUGAUAUUAUAGAAUCUUAUAAAGAAAAUGAUGAUAACAUAAAUUCUUUUAAUCUUGAAGAAUUGCACAAAGUUUUAUAUGAAUCCUCUUCAGAAGUACGAUGGUAUGCUUCCCCAAUAGUUUUUAUAGGGGUUAAACCAAAAAUGUGUUCUUUUACAAGUGUAUAACUAAUCAGCCGUUGUUUAGCUGCACAAUAGCAUAAAUAAAUAAAUAUUCUUAUUUCCUAACCAUUGUAUUAUAAUCUGUAUCCAAAUUCAUUGAUGUAUUUAUUAUGUGAGGUCAAAAUCACUUUUUUAACAAGGCUUUCUGAUUUCGUUUUUAUAUGUGCAUGUCUGCAUAUGGAAAAUGUAAAUGCAUUAUAAUAAUUUUAAACUAAUUUUAUUUGUUUUUAACUAUUCAUUAAAUAUGUAUAUUUAAUUAAUCUGUUUAGUACUAAUAAG